CUUCGUUUUAACAGGAGUACACAGUGUUUGGCUACAGUCGCCAUUACUGGACUGACAAGCGAUUUGCUGGCAAAUUCAGUGAGACUCUUCGUCUUAAAGGUUCGAUAAUUGAGGGUGCGUGGAUCCCUGACACCUACGUCACUAACACGAGAGAAUCAAACCUUAUGGCCGAGAACUCAGAUGUAGGGAGUGUAUUCGAGAUACAUCCGAAUGGAACUAUUUUUUAUUCGAGAAGGUUGGUUUUAAUUCCUUUGUGGAUUAGUGGGGUGAGUGCCAUAUUGGGUUUCUUAAGCCAGUAUUUGCCGAUAUUGAAAAGAAUCAUUGUUUUCAUACGUACGCAAGAAGUGAUCUCAACAAUCGAAAUGACGUCCGAGCGACGGGUGGUAGGCUUGAUUACCAGCCGCUGUUCGGGAAUUGAGCUCUCACUCCGAGCCUAGGAUGGGGGUUGGUGUGUCAGUCUAGAUGACCUUGAACUAACUUGUUUCCGUAUAUUUCAGUUACAAGAUCGUUGCCGCUUGCGACAUGAGAUUGGAGCACUUUCCAAUGGACACUCAAAAAUGCAGUUUGUAUUUAGCGAGUUGUAAGUAGGCGUUUUUUACUCCACAAAGUCUAACUUAGACCGCAGUUUAAGAAAACCAGUGAACAUCCGAAUUUGUUAAUAAGUGGCUUAUUUUGAAAUAAAUUUUCUGUAGGUAGUUUGUGUAUGCCUGGCGUAGUGUACAACAGACAGUGAAUGUCUCGGUUUGUUUGUUGGAAUUUAAUUUAAAAUAUUUUAAGUACCCUUGAUUUUAAUGAAAAAAUAUUUCUUCAAGAGACGAUUUUGGCAUUAGUUGGAUGUUUGUAGGGUGGCUGUUUUAAAAACAAACAGUCUUGGAAAAAUUGUACCCAUUUUGUCGUAGCUGCCCUCUUAUCCGUUGGUGGUAUUUUGCCAAUCCACUUUCCGCCAAUGUAAGUGCACAUGAUGCAAUUGAACUGUGUGAAAUUAAUGGUUGACACAUCGAGAGUAUUGAUACAGCAGUGUAUUGGGAAUUUACUUUUCUUUAGAUGGCUAUGAAAAAGACAACGUGAUUUACAGAUGGAAAGACGGCGCGGGGGAAGUGGAAAAGAAGAGCAUCGCUCAAUUUGACAUGAAUGAAGUGGAACUGAACUCAACCACUAUACUUUAUGCCGGUGGUUAGUGAUAAAUGUACCUACAAUUUAAAAUUCUUUUCUAAUGAUCCUAUUCCAUAACUUUAGCCUGCGGUGUCAACCGCUGCCCGCUUAGCUCAGUUGUUAGAACAACUGUCGGUCGAUCGGGAGGUUGUGGGUUCAAACCCCGGCCGGAUCAACAACCAGGGGUCAAUUUAGUAAAACUUUUACACGUGUGAUUUAAAAGUGUAGCUACUGUUCUCAGACUCCAAAACAAUGGCUACACUUGUAAAUUACACGUAAAAAAGUUUUAUUAAAUUGACCCCAGGGUGUUAAAAAAACCCAGGGUAUUUAAAAAAACUGGUGAGAUCAAGCUGGCUAUGAUUUUAAGAUGAUCGCGUCUUUGGGCGAUGACAUUAAGCUGUUGGCCUUCUUUCCUUCAUCCUUCUUUCAUUAGUCAAAUCGAAGAGAACGUAAAAGAACCCACACUAUGUGGUCUUCCUUUCAAGCAUCACGCAUCAUUCAUAUUAUUGGCUAUGGGUAGGUUACAGUAAGCUCAUAUAAAUGAACUAUAAAUCCCCGUUCGUCCGUUUGCACGCAGCCUAAAGCAGGGUCUCGUUCAUUUCACCAAGUGUUAAGUGUUCCUCAAAUCCAUAGGGAAUUACAGCGUACUUAUCAUCAGCUUUUACUUUAAACGACGCCUUGGUUAUUACAUCAUCCAAGUAUUUUUCCCUGACACUCUUGUGGUUGUGAUGAGUUGGAUAGUGUUCUGGAUGGACCCAAGAGACACGGGUGAUAGAGUUGGCCUGGCUAUCACAACCGUACUGACUAUCAUGUUUCUGUUGGGCUCUGUAAACAUGUCGCUACCUCGUGUUAGUUAUCCCAAGGCCAUUGACUGGUACCUCAUCGGGUCUUUUCUGUUUGUCUUCCUGGUUUUGGUGGAGUGCAUCCUGGUGUACAUUUUGCGUCCAAGAAAUCGAGAUUCCAAGAAGAGCGUGCAACGGAAAGACCUGGAUUUGGAAAUGAACACCAUAAAUAAUCUUCAGGUGGGCAUAACGAAUUGUUGUUGAAAUUAAAUUCAAUGAUGGUCUUGCAGCUGCUAUUUACAGACAAACUGGGAAGCCCCUUCAUUAACCCUUUAAACCCUAAGAUCAAAAUUUGAAUUCUCAUUUGUUACCCCUAUUCAUUUCCUACAGAAGUAUUUGGGAGAAGGUGAUAAAAUAUCAAGCAAAUAGGCCAUUUGCACUAAGAGGUCAUGUGACAUAGUUUUUAUGAAAAUGAAAGUUAUAUGAUUUUGCCUUCGAAAACGAUUUGUGGGUCAUAUGUUAAACAAAAUAAUAGUGAUUUGGUUUUUCAAACCCGCACCAUUUUCUUAAAAUGAGUAAGUUCGUAAAUGGUCACGUGACCAAAAUGUGAUUUUUAAAAUUAUGAAUUACCUCUUUCUGAACACAAAUUUUGCACUUAAAUUUCAAGGAAAAUGUUGAGAAGAUGAUGUGGUAACGUUUACAACACAUCUGAGGAUAACUAUCAAACGUUUAACAAGAUGUAAGCAAAAAGUAGUGUUGGCCGCCAUGUUGGAGGCCAAUACGAAUCAUACUACUUUGUUGAAAAAUGAAAGUGCCAUAAAAUAUUUGCCUUAAAUGCGUUUCCUCUUAAAUUUCGGGUGUAGGAUAAUUUUUACGUGCUCUGUCAAUUUUUGGCAUCAGCAAGAUUCUAACUCAUUGUCUAAAGGAAGCAUUGGUCACGUGACCUCUUAGUGCAAGUGGCCUAUCCACCUUGUGUGAUCAAGUCCGUAAUUCUCAUGACCAUUCUGUUUUACUGAGCAUUGAUAUUACAAGGACUCUUAGGGCUUAAAGGGUUAAGCACUAUCAAUAAUACAAAAACAACUGAGCUAAAAGUUAAACUAGUCUCAAGUCUAAGGGGUUCUUUCACUCACCCAUAUUCAUAAGAAAAUUAAACAAAAGAGUGCCGCAACAACUCCCUAAUGGGCAAAAAUUCAGUAAAAUUGCUUGCGUGUUUAGCAACGCGAUGUCUAGACCCAGCUUUUUUCUUUGGCUUCUUGAGAGUAGGGGUAGGCUUCGGACCCUCCCCACUCCUCAGCCCACCCCAAGAAAAAAGGGAUCAUUUUACCUUUCUAGGAAACUGCCCACCUACCCCUGCCCUAAGCCAACAUUUUGCCAUAAGUAGAAGUAAGUAUUAAUGUUGGCUUAAGGAAGGGGUAGGUGGGCAGUUUCCCUGAAAGGUAAAAUGAUCCGAUAAAAGCAAGAGAGUAUAAUGGAGGAAAUCUUAGGGAGUUGGCCAGGAAAUGUUCACUAAAGUUUCUUUUUAGAAUUUUUAAUUAAGCGGAAGUCUUAUUCUGCAGAGACGUCGAACAUUUGGAUCAAUUUAGGUUUCUGGAAAACUGCCUACCUACCCCUCCCCUAAGCCAACUUUUUGCCUUAAGUGAGAACUAAGUGAUAAUGAUGGCUUAAGGGAGGGGUAGGUGGGCAGUUGAUUGUUUGAAACGUCAUAAAGUCCACGCGCGACUGCCUCAAAGCAAACAAUGCAGAAUAUUGUAAUGGCGACUAUUCUAUUCUCUCUUGACAACACUAAAUAGAAGUUUGCGGACCUCUCCGGAAAUCAACUUCCUUUUUAUUUGAAGCAUUUGAUUGGUCUAAAAACUCAUAUAUCCUAAGGGCAAGUCUGGGCGUUUCCAUCUUUGUCCCAUAAUUAUGUUUUCAUAAAGGCGUAAAAGAACUGCCCGGUAUAAAUAGGGUUAACUUUAAAAGAUUAAUAUUAGUGAGUUUGCGGAACAGGACGGCAAAACGUUUGUGUGUGACAAACGUGACAGGGCUAUUACUUCCGUGUUUUGUCGAGCUCUUCAUUUAAAAUUAAUAUUUUCUGGUCUUUAACGAAAAGAUCUGUUUAAAGGAAAGUGAAGUUUGGCGAAAAGUUAUCUCAAACCAAAUUACUGUCACGCUUGUCACACAGGUUUUGCCGUCUUUAAUUAUGACUUUCAGGAUAAUGCGCCAAGAGUGGAAAACAUCGCUCUGGAACAACGCGAGAGUACUAACGCAAGCAAUGGCGAACCAGCUCAGGGCGAUGCAGAGGAUGAGAUGAUUGACGUAUCUCCUCCGCGUGCUCAGAAAGGUUUUAGACGAUGCUCUUCAUGUAACUACGGAAAAAUCGUUGAUUACACUUGCCGGUUCUUGUUUCCAUUUUCUUUUACUUUGUUUAACGUGCUUUAUUGGUCUCAUUAUUUGUCCGAUUGACUCCAAAAACUAGAAAACGUUUUUUCAAGUCGCAAUGUUAAGGUCAAAGUAUGAUAUCACGAUAGG